AGGUGUCGUUAAAACUUUGGGUUUUCAAAGUUUGUGCCGGAUUUGUUUUUGUUUUGGUGCGCGCAAUGAUGGCCACUUACCAAAACCCGGAGGAUGACGCAAUGGCCCUGAUGGUCCACGACACUAACACGGCCAAAGAGAAAGAGCGACCCAAAGAAGAGCCGGUCCAGGACAAAAUCUCGGAGAAGACGGAUCCGUCUCAGAAACCUCCGUACUCUUACGUCGCUCUAAUUGCCAUGGCCAUACGGGAGAGUUCAGAGAAGCGCCUCACUCUGUCCGGUAUUUACCAAUACAUCAUCAGCAAGUUUCCCUUCUAUGAGAAAAAUAAAAAAGGAUGGCAAAACAGCAUCAGACACAACCUGAGUCUCAACGAGUGCUUCAUUAAAGUUCCACGGGAGGGCGGAGGAGAGAGGAAGGGGAAUUACUGGACCCUCGAUCCGGCCUGCGAGGACAUGUUUGAGAAGGGGAACUACAGGAGACGCCGCAGGAUGAAGCGGCCGUUCAGACCUCCACCGACUCACUUCCAGCCGGGGAAGUCUCUGUUCGGAGGUGAUGGCUAUGGCUACCUGUCCCCACCCAAGUACCUGCAGUCCAGCUUCAUGAACAACUCUUGGUCGCUGGGCCAGCCGCCGACUCCGAUGUCCUACACGUCCUGUCAGAUGGCCAGCGGCAACGUGAGCCCGGUGAACGUGAAAGGGCUUUCGGCAUCCUCGUCCUAUAACCCUUACUCCCGAGUGCAGAGCAUGGCGCUCCCCAGCAUGGUGAACUCUUAUAACGGUAUGAGCCACCACCACCACCCCGCGCAUCCCCACCAUCCCCAGCAGCUGAGCCCGGCUACCGCGGCACCUCCUCCGGUCUCCUCCAGUAACGGAGCGGGCCUUCAGUUCGCCUGCUCCCGCCAGCCCGCCGAGCUCUCCAUGAUGCACUGCUCUUACUGGGAACAUGAGACCAAACACUCGGCGUUACACACGAGGAUUGAUAUUUAGAGUUUACCAAAAGGGUCUCUAUGAAACAAGGACUCUUGAAUGAGAGUGAGAGUCUAUUCCUGUGAUUUCAAAACAGAACCAAGAGUGUUUUUGGAGAGACUAUUUUGACGAGUUCUGUGGGUCCAAUUAACGUCCUUAAAAUCCAGUGGAGAGAUACAGUGGGUGCUGAAAGAAUUUUCAAAAAACUGGAAAUUGGAGGUAAAGGAGCCACCGGGACACAUAAGGUAGCACAACCUGUUUGGGAGCCAUUUCGUGCGCCUGCGUUUCAUUUGGACUGAGGGCCCUGCCUUGAUAUUGUAGUCAAAUUUAUGUUUAUGACACACUUUCUCUUUUCAAGGGAACAGCAAUUACCGAAGCAUUUCCUAAUGUGUGUUACUGAUAUGAGUUCUCAACAUUACGCACGAUUUGUCGUUAUUACUGCCAACUGAAAGGUGAACUUAAAUUGCCCUAUCGAGUCAGCGCUCAAACAUGUAUUUGAAUCAGAGCUUUUUUAGGCCUUCUUAGUAACUUGCACUGAGCAUGGCCUGGUGAAAUCUCUUGCCUUGUGUUACAGUUUUGAACCUUGUCACAACUGGGAAAAAUGAAAUUAACUUCAGGACUAAAUACUCCUUGAUCCCAACUGUAUAUGAUAUAGUUUGCAAUAUGACAUCAGCCAGUGCCAGAUUUUGUUUAUCUUUCUCUUUUUUUAUAAACGUAAUUAUAUUGUCUCAUACACGCUGGGACCAUGUUUAAUUUUAAUUAGCACUUUUCCCACUUUUUCUAGGUUUGUCAAUUUCUUAAUAAACAUGUAUUCCCUAAAGUAAUACAGUGGUCAUGAAGUAAUUUGUUUUAUGCUUUAGGCUGUAUUAACCACUGUUGGCAAGCUAAGUAAGUCGCAGUCAGUAAGCAACAUUACAUCGCGAACAUUAAUAUUUC